AUGUCAGAAUCACCAAGCCAAAAUAAUUUGACCAUCAAGGUUAGCGCGGAUGGAGCGGCGAAGGCGGCAGAGCCUAAGCGACGCUCCGCGAAGCUGUUGGCCAAGUCCGACCCUGCCAAGGUGGACGCGAAGCCGAAGAAGGCCGCGGUUAAGGAUAAGUCAUCAGACAAAAAAGUGCAAAGCAAAGGGAAGAGGGGAGCAAAGGGCAAACAGGCUGAGGUGGCGGACCAGCAAACCACAGAUGUGCCUGCAGAAAACGGAGAGACUGAGAACCAGAGUCUAGCCUCUGCAGUAGAAGAGAAAGAAGCCAAGUCUGACUAA